UGGCCGUGUUUGUUGAGUUGUUGACAUUUUCGUUGUCUCUUCGUCCUCUUCACCAUUUCAAACGCAGCCAAAACACCGCGUAUGGACGACACAUGGAUCAACGCACAACGCUCUGCGAACACGCCGGACGUCUGAUUGAGCAGACCUCACAGACUGAGCAUACGACCCGACAGUAUCUAUCGCAGCAUGAUAUUCGCAUCCCGGCCUUGUUUAACGUGCCGCCGGACGAGCAGGUGGCCAGUGAACGUAAUGUGGACGCAAAGAGGCAAGUUAACAAUGUGAAGCGCGAUCAUUGGCUUGUCUGGAAGCUACUGCAGUAUCCAAUUGAUCUCAGUCUCCGUCACCUUUGGGGUUCCACGGUGAUGCAUGUGGAUCAGAGCUCCUCUCAGCACAUCGCGCUUUGUCCAGUUGCAUCCAUCGCUGCAAUCGCAUCAUCUCGCGGGACGCUAUCCUUCCAUGAUACAGAUCGUAAUCGUCUGUGGUCGAGUAGGGUGUCAUUUCCGGGACUUGCACAAGUCACGUCACUUGCUUGGCAUGCUUCGAGUCUUGCCGUCACGUAUGCAGAAGGCCAAGUCGCGAUACUGGAACUAGACUUGAGCAGUCAGCAAGUGAAGCGCUCUCAACUUCUCCCUCUUCUACCUCUAUCAACACAGCUUGGAGUUUGUCAUCAGGUUGCUUGGCUGGAUGUGCGCUUCAUCAUUGUUGCGAGCAGCUGUGGCCUUUUCCUUGUUGACACAACCAAGCAAGAUCCUGCACAGGCGAGUCUCCGGAUCUUUCGAUAUCCAUGUACCUCUCUGUCUAUCUCCGCCAGUUUCAUUGCUGUAGGUGGACCGUAUGGCGUGCAUACAAUGAGCUACAGGUAUCCCAUGCAAGUAUCCCAGACGGUCCGCUGUACAAAGGCCCCACCUACAUCGCUUGUCUUUGCCCAAGAGCGUGUCUUGCUCUAUGCAUCCGCCGACGCUCCAGAAGUCAAGGCUGUACAGUUGGCUGCUCAUGAAGAAUUCAAGGCUCCGUCUGUGAGAGCACUUGAAAAGCUAGUCUUGUCGCAUCUCGGUCAGGUUGCCAUCACUCACGUUGUUCUGAGUGGUAGUCGUGUCAUGAUGAGUACGGGCGCUUGGACUGGACUGGCACAGUUGACAGUGGAACCCAAUCGAGCCUUUUGGCAGGAGAUUGGACAAGUUUUUGGCCCCAAUGAAGACGAAGGAGAUGAACAUGGUGGCCGUGCAGCCUUGUUGGAAGCAGUGCCCAUCAGGCAUGGGAGGGCGAAGGAAGACGGCAGUCGUGGAUUUGCUUGCCUUUGGAGCACAUCCCAGGCCAGUAUUCUACCAAUCAUCUAGCUAGUCUAGCCUAUCCUCACGACAGAUACAGAACGAGCAGGUCUUGUUCAAUCAGCGAUCUUGGUGAUUGUACAAAGCAUCAUCUUUGUUCGAUUGUGAGUCGAUCAAUACAAGUGUUUACAUCACAUUGAAGAAGCCCAGUUGCUCGUGUUGUAUGUCAUGACAAUGUUGAGCAGAGGAAGACGCAUUGGCGACAGGAACGUGUCGCUGCUUUGUUGACGCGCUCCGUUCCAAUGCGUCUCCCACUGACAGUCUGCGUCUCGAGGAACGCGCAGUAUGGAUCAGUCUUG